AUGACAGGAAAGGGCAGAACUUCUAAGCUGCAGAAGCGGGUUAAGGCCUCCCCUCAGUUCACUUCUGACCAGCAACACAACCAUGGAAGAAACACACCCAUAUCGGUGUCUAACUUGUGCAUAAACAAGAAUACUGUUCCAUCCUUGUAUGUAAAAGGUACUUCAGAAGAUGCAGCAUUUUCAAACAGCCUAAAUACUGACAUUUUAAACUCCACACCCUUAACUGAUGUGGAAAUCCAGAUGAUGGAGAAUGUUGACCAUAAAAGGGCUCGGAGGUUCAAGAAGGCCUCUAGGCCACAGAGUGUCCCUGCAAAUGGAAGGAAAACACCUGAAAACAAUCUUUCAACAUUGGAGAAGGCUGAAAAAAAGCCAACAUUACUCAGAAGAGCAUCAUCCUGUAUUGAAAGCAAGGUUGGUGGAGAAGUGAAAGAAGAAAUUAAGUACCUAGAUGGAAAGGCAUAUGUCUCUGCCAUAUGGCCAUUCAUCAACGUGCAAAUUGGAGCACCCCAUGCAGGACUGGAAGUCUCCAAGGAGAUGCAGAUUAUGCUGCUUGUGAAGCAGCUGUUUACCGAUGGACGCAGAAUUACUACGUACCCUAAUGGUACAAAGAUGGAAAUUAGCACCGAUAAAAAGACAGCUACUGUUACUUUUUACAAUGGCGAUAUUAAGAAGAUAUUAGCAGAUCAGACAGUGAUUUAUUACUAUGCAGAUGCUCAGACAACCAGAACUAUUUACCAGGAUGGUUUGGAGGUGCUGCAGUUCCCUAAUGAUCAGAUUGAAAAGUAUCAUCCUGAUGGUACUGAAGAGAUCAUCUUUCCGAACCAGACAGUGAAACGACGCUAUGGUGGAGGUUUUGAGGAAACCAUUUUCCCAGAUGGCACAGUGGUUAAAGUAGAAAAAAAUGGAGAGAAAACCAUCUACUUUCGUAACGGGCAAAAGGAGAUCCAAGCUUCUGGGUCAAAAAGAAGAGAGUAUCCUGAUGGUACUGUAAAGACUGUGUAUGCGAAUGGACAAUGGGAAGCCAAGAAUGUUCCUGAACAGGUUCAGAUCCAGAAUGACAAGGAAGUACUUAUUCUAGAUGAGUGAAGCAAUCC